AUGGGGAGGAAGCUGCCCAAGGGGAUGUGCGGGUAUGUGGGUCUGAAGAAGAAGCCACGGCCGCCCAAAUGGAAGUGGGCGAAUAGCACGAUUAGCACCGGUAGUGGUAGUGGUGAUGGUGGUGGUAUUGUUGUGGGGAAUAGCAGCAUUGGUAGUGCUGUGUUUGCGGGUGGUAAUGUGACGGAGGGUGGUGCGGGUGCGGUGGAGGGAGGCGGGGGGAUAGCGUUGCAAUUGGCAGGGUUGGGUUUGAUGGUGAUUGAGGGAGGGCGCUGGUUCAAUGGGACGUUUUACCGUAAUGCGAGUGUGGCGGAGGAGUUGGCGGUAGCAGCCGCGAACGCUGCAGCGGCGGCGGCGGAGGCAGCGGCACUAGCAGCGGCGGCGGCGGCGGAGGCGGAAAGGGUGCGGGCGGAGAUGGCGAGUGGGCAGGUGCGGUUGGGUAUGGUGCAGGUGCAGGCGGAGGGUGCCAGCCUAGCUGAGGCGGUCAGGGGGCAAGCUCAUGCGGAUGCAGCAGGGCAAUCGGUAGCAGGGGCAGUGGAAGCAGUGGCAGCAGCAGGGGCAGUGGAAGCAGGGGCAGCAGCAGGGGCCGCAGCAGCAGCACAGGAGGCUGCUGGAGUGCGAGCAGCAGCAACAGCGGCCUCCCCGCUGCAGGUUGCCUCUGCAGCCGUUGCCUCUGCAGUCCCCCAGGUGGAGGCGUCUGCGGCCUCUACGUCGUAACCUGCGGCGGUUGCAGUCCUUGCAGCAGCCCUGGUGGCGGCGGGUGGGACAGCAACAGCAGCCCCACCUGUUGCUGUCCAGCCAACACAACAGCGGGAAAAACAACACCGCCGACGGCACCGCCUGCAGCAACGUGAUGAGUUGCGUACACGGGGGCGCCGAGGGUCUCCCUAUCUAUGAUGAUAACACAACCCAUGAUUAUUUUUAAUCCUUGUGCAGACUGUCUGCGUGCGUAUUUUGGUCGUCGUCUUGGUGCUCAGUUGCGUUGUUCGCGUGCCCCGCGGUGUGAGGUGAAGUGCUGCGUGUGUGCUGUGAUUGCUUGGUUUGUCAUGAACUGUUUGUAUGCUGUGCAUGCAAUGCGUGUUAUGAUAUGAAAUGAUGAGCGCGAGGCCGGUGGCCGGUGGUGAUGACGCCUGAAGUGGUCCCCAUCCUGGACGGACGCCAUGAAGCAGCUGGGAGGAAUAUCAAAUGCAUGUUAAAGGAGUUAAGCAUAAGAAGACCAUGUCUAUGUGUGAUUGCACCGGUAAAUACAUAUCCGUACUGCUUUCGGUGGCUGCAAAGCAAUUGUACGUCUCCUGACAAAUGGAACAUGACAGCUCUAGCGGCGGCGUUUUGGUUGGGGCAGAGGUGGUGUUGUGGGUUUGCCUGGGUGCCGUACGGUAGGUAAAGGCAGCAUGGCGUGGUGCGUACGCCUGCAUGUCAGCGUGUGUUACGAAACAUCGAAAACUGGCUGCAUGCGUGUAUGCCUGUGUGUGUUUUGCAUCAAAGAAAGGGCUUCUCCACAUGUUUCCGCAGUUGAGGAGGAGGGGGGGUGCUCGCUGCACAGCAGUACCAGGGAGGCAGCACCUUUUAGCAGGCGAGGAUGUCUUGCGGAUAACUAUUAUAAACACGCGCGGCGCUGUGAGGUGCGGUGCGCAUGAUGACCGGCGUGAGGUGGGGUUUCCCUACCAGCUACCGGUUGAGAGAGAUGUGACAUGUACAGUGGUAAAGGCUGCGCAUACGGUGCCAAGUCAUCACCUGUACAGUGGUAAAGGCUGCGCAUACGGUGCCAAGUCAUCACUCCAUAUUGUUACAUGUUUAAGACAAGGCACGC